AUGAAUACCUUUCCCAAGCAUCAUUCAUCUAAUUUUUUAUCUCAAAAUAAUAACCCUUCUCAUAACUCCUCUAGAAGAAAGCAUGUAACGUUUGGACCAUACAUAGUAGGAUCUACACUGGGAAAGGGAGAGUUUGGUAAGGUCAAAUUAGGCUGGUCAAGAAAAAAUGAAAGUACUGACAUUUCUAAACAAGUUGCAAUCAAGCUUAUAAGAAGAGAUUCGAUACUACAAGACCGUGAGAAAGAAAUAAAGAUUUACCGUGAAAUCAAUGCAUUGAAACACUUAACCCACCCAAACAUUGUUAGAUUGGAGGAAGUAUUACAAAACUCGAAAUAUAUUGGUAUUGUCCUCGAAUAUGCUUCAGGCGGUGAAUUUUAUAAAUAUAUUCAGAAAAAAAGGAGACUCAAGGAACCUAUAGCUUGUAAAUUAUUUGCACAACUAGUAAGUGGAGUUUAUUAUAUGCAUUCCAAGGGUUUGGUACAUCGUGAUCUCAAAUUGGAAAAUUUAUUAUUGGAUAAAAAUGAAAAUCUUAUUAUUACUGAUUUUGGCUUUGUUAAUGAAUUCCUUCAAAAUAAUGAACUCAUGAAAACGUCCUGUGGUUCUCCAUGUUAUGCAGCACCUGAACUAGUCGUCACUUCAAACCCUUAUAAAGCUAGAAAGGCGGAUGUCUGGUCCUGUGGUAUCAUUCUCUUUGCCAUGUUGGCUGGCUAUCUGCCUUGGGAUGACGAUCCUGAUAAUCCAAGAGGCGAUGAUAUUGCCAAGUUGUAUAAUUACAUCACUACCUCUCCAUUAAAAUUUCCCAGUUAUAUUAGUGCCAUUCCAAGAGAUCUUCUGAGAAAAAUAUUAGUUGCCAACCCUAAUCAAAGGCUAUCCUUGAGAGAAAUAGAGACGCAUCAGUGGCUAAAACCUCACUCGUCUUUUUUAAAAAUAUCACCAAAGGAAUGGGAUGAUGUUAUGAAAUUGAAGGCUGAUCCUUCCAAGAUUAGACCCAAACUACAGAACUAUAAAGCUAGACCACAAUCUGCAUUACCAGUGUCCUCCAAAUAUUACGACGCAGCAAGCCAUAGCAAUAGAGGUUCAUUGGUAAUGGACUCUAAUUUAUUAUCUAUACCUGUACCUCCAAAGGAAUCACCAUCUCAUGUAUUUACGAAGCCUUCUUCGCCCUCAACAGAUGACAAACUGUCCCCUGUAAGAAAUAAGAAUAAGCACGCCAGAAGUAACUCAGCCGCUUCACUUGCUUUACAAGCUUUUGUAGAAGCUGAGAAGGAACAUUGGAAUCGUGCAAGUAUACAACAUAAUAAAUUGCAUAGAGUGGCCACUCCCCAAAAUCAAAUGCCUCAAGUUACUGAAGAAGAUACAUCUCCAGUAGAAAAAUAUGAAAACUAUGAAAUGUUGAAGAAAAAAAUCCAACCUGCGAAUCAGACGAAUAAUAAUGGGGUUAAUUCACCAGUCGCUGGGCAGCCAAAAAGAAGGCCAAGACCAACGACAUAUCACUUGCCAAUAUCAGCCUCAUCUUCUAUGGUCCCCGAUACCCAGGAAGCAAAACUUUCUAUGAUCAACGAGGCAGCUUUCAGAUACAAUAGCGGAUCUGCUUUAUCGUUUAGUCAUAAGGAAACUUCUCCUUUCGAUUCACUUUCUUCUUUAGCACCCUUAGGUACAGAGUUGCUACCUUCUACGACUGGUAAUACCCCAGAGUCAAUAAAUGACACCGAUCUCAAAAUGGGGCAAGUGUUACACAGGGCAAAAGAAAGAACCGAAUUAGAAGGUAGUGGAAUAACAGUCCAUGUUCAAAGGCCAGAGGAUUCGACAUUGCAUGUUAGAAAAAGAGAUGAUGGUUCUCCCGUUCCUCUUGAAAAUAUGAGAAAUUUUUCUGAUCAGUCAAUUGCAGAGUAUGUAUCAUUGAAUGUUCCUGGAAGGACGGCAUUGGAGAAGAAAUCACAAAAGAAGAGAUUCAGUUUAUUGUCAUUUUAUUCCUCAUACAGUAGUUCAAAAUCAAGCCUAUUUGUAGGAAACAACAAUUCUAGCACAAAUGCUACUUCUAAAAUCAAAAAUACCUCCAGAAUUACUUCCAGCCAGGAGAAUAAGAGUACACAGUCAAGACAUUCGUCCUCAUAUGUCACUGCGCCAUCUAGUAGACAGCCAUCUUUCCAGAUGGCAACAGAAAAUGUAAAUAUUAAUAACGAAAACAGAAGACCAACUGUUAGGUCAUCAAUGAUGGUUGGCUCGUUAUCCCAGAAAAACACCUCCGACACCUCGGAACAUGAAGUGCAACAAGAAAAUGGACAGUUGCCGCCCAUCAGAGAACGCGAACCAUCUACGGCCAGAAAAGUUAUUGAUUUCUUCAAGAGAAGAAGUUUAAGGUUCUAA